CGUGUUCUACAUCCAUACACGUGCUAUUUCUUUUCUCUUCUUUCAUAAGUAGAAAUGAUAAUGGUUUCAAACUCGCAUUUAUUUUAAUAUGUUCCUUGAUUUGGUGCUGAGGUUGACAAUCGUGAGAUGAUUCACUUACAGCGGCGCCCCAUUGCUGUGCUUUUUGGUGUUGCUUUUAUUCUUUCGACAGCACUAUUGUUGUUUGCAGAAGGAAGCUACCUCGGUACCGUGUCCCAGAUAGAAUCUGGCAACAACACAUCUCAACUAGACCAACUAGACCAACUAUACCAACUAGACCCGCCCAACUAUAUCACCUCCUCGGACAUGUUGGACUGUCUCAAGAACACUCACAAACGCUGGUUUAAGCUACCGUGGAGCUCUAGGCUGGCCACCAGGGCUUACUCCAUGCUCGAACGUGAUCGACGAUGUGAUGGGGAGGCGGUGAGUGAUGAUGACAGUAGUGACGAUGAUGAUGACAUGUCUAUCUGCGCUCUUAUACGACAAUGUGAUGACUACAUCUCCAAGGGCAGGGUCAGAAGAAUAAGAAAGGUGGACGGAGAGGUUGGGUGUGCAGUGAAGGACUACACUCCAAACCUUCGGUACAAGUGGGUACUGUGUGUUUACGAGGAUGAUGAUUAGAGGGAGAUAACAGUG